CUCGACCGUUACAGGAGGAGCGCACCUCUCCUAUUAUUUUCUUUCCCAUACAAAACCCCAAGGGUUUCGCCCCCCCAAAAUGGCCGUCGCCGCCCACCGCUGGAAGAAGCUGCUCAACAUGGGUCUCUUGAUUUUCCGCCGCAGCUUCAACUCCUCGAAAUGCAAAACCAUGGCGAAAAUGGCGGUGGCGCGAGUGAAGCUGCUGAGGAAUAAGCGAGAAGUUGUGAUAAAGCAGAUGAGGCGCGACAUUGCUAUGCUGCUCGAGUCCCGUCAAGAUGCCACUGCUCGCAUUCGGGUUGAACAUGUGAUAAGGGAGCAGAACAUCAUGGCUGCAAAUGAAUUGAUUGAGCUUUUCUGUGAGUUGAUCGUGUCCAGGCUUUCGAUCAUUGCAAAGCAACAAGAAUGCCCGGCUGACCUUAAAGAAGGGAUAUCAAGUUUGAUAUUUGCAGGUCCACGGUGCUCAGAAAUUCCUGAACUAUUAUCCAUUCGAGAUGUUUUUCAGAAGAAAUAUGGGAAGGACUUCGUAUCUACAGCUACCGAUCUACGGCCAAAUGCUGGUGUUAAUCGCAUGCUUAUUGAAAAGCUCUCUGUGAAGACUCCGUCGGGUGAAACAAAAUUGAAAGUUUUGAAGGAAAUAGCAAAGGAAUAUCAGGUUCAGUGGGACACAACAGAAUCAGAAGAGGAGUUACUGAAGCCUCCCGAGCAGAGAAUUGAUGGACCGAACAAUUUUACAAGUGCUACAAAUAUGCCGGUCAAGUCAGCUCCACAGCAAUCUCCUGAGCCAAACAAUGCUUUUAACCGAGGUCAAACCAAUAUGGUGGAUUUUCAAGACGUUGCAUCAGCCGCUGGAGUUGCUGCUGAGAAAGCACUUGCUGCAGCCGAAGCCGCUGCCCAUUUAGCUGCCUGUGGAGGCGUUGGCAACCAGAUGCCUCCUGGUAGAUCGGCCAUGAAUAACACCAAUUCCAUGUCGAGGAAUCCUAAUCGGAACUUUGCGAGGGGUGGUUCCCGAAACUCUCAAUCUAAUUACUCCACCAGUGAUCAGUCUGAUUAUCAUCCGAGGACAGAUAAUCCUGAAUACUCGUAUUCUUAUGGUAUGCCACACGAGUCAAAUGUUGAUGAUGGAGGUAGGAAGACGACGCAAAGGAGGCAGAGCUAUAACUGCCAGAGGCAGAGGAGCAACGGUAUCAAGUUUGAUGAAUCAGACUGCGAUGAAGAAAUCGAGAUGGAAGAACCACCGCCCUCAACUGACCCGAGAGAAAUGCAUAGAAGGCAUAGUUACAAUGUUCAGUCUGCUCGGUACGAUGCCAGAUAUGAUGAUGAAGCUGAUCAAGAUGAUGAAGGGAAUGAGGGUUCUUACCGACCACCCAAUCGCCCAGCGCCACAGGUUCCGGUAAGCCGCAUUCAUCCCAAAUUGCCCGAUUAUGACAAACUUGCUGCUCGGUUCGAAGCUCUGAAACAUCACAAAACGUAAAGCCAAGCGGAGGAGGUAUGGUAUUAUAGUAUAGUAUUAAGAUAAGUAGUAUAUAUCUUUUAAUUAUGGGUUUGUGAUGAAAUUCUACUAUGAGAUUUUGGGAGAUUACUCAGGACACUUGUAUGUUGACAUUGAAGCAUAUAUAUACCGAAUACAUAAAUACAUACAUGCUUAUAUUAUA